ACAGUCAACAAUAAAUUGAUAGUAUUUAAAGCAGAAAAAAUGCAUUAGGAAUUUCUUUGUGCUAAUGUUUUAACAUUUUAUUCCAGCCUAAGGACUACAAGUUUGAAUUUCCAAAUCUCUUCCCAGAAGAAAAAAAGAAAGAACAAGAUAAAGAUCUUGAAGAGUUUGAAAGGAGAAAGAAAGAUUUUAAAGAGCAACAAGAAAAACAAUGGGAUCGCCAAGAUGUACCAAACUGGUUUGGAUUAUGAAUUUCUGAACCAUUUUUGGAUGGUCUUAACAUAAAAAUAAAAAAUGUCAUAAACAAGUAGCAUUUUGACAGUAAUGCAUGUAACAGGUAAGAUAUUAUACUGUAAGUUCCUAGAAAGCUUGAACUGUGACAGUGUAAUACAAGAUAAUUUCUUCUAAUUCUUUCCUUCUUUUUGAAUUCUGUGUGAUAGAACAAAAAGUCAUUGAAGAUGAUUAUAAUUUGCUCUUGUGUUGAAAGGCAUAUAAAUUGAAUUAGUACUUUUCAGAGUAGAAUAAGCACCAGACAAAUUUUUUUUUAAAUUCCCGUAUAAGUCAUCUCAGGAAAUAACAUGUUUUAGUGUACAAAAAUGAAAACAUACUUCAUUUGUUUUGAAAUUAAUCAAAAUGUUGGAAACGAAAAUUAACUCUGUAGAAGAAGCAACUUGUUAUUUAGUAAUCUGUAUAGUUUUCAAGCACUGUUUUUGUAAAAAAAAAUGCUGUAACUAGAUGUAGUCUAUUGUUAAUCUAUGUAAUAUGCUUGAUAUUAAACUAAACCUUUUGCCGUCAGUGGCCUACAACAGACAGAAGUGUAAUAUGUUGUUGAUGCACUCUUCUUUUCUUCAUAGAAAAAUCCCAUAUUCAAUUAAUUAAGUCUUAAAAGUUGCAUGUGUGUCAUUGUAUUGUUUCACCGCACUUGUAUUCUAGUGAUUAUUAAAGAACUCAACUGUACAUUAUAAACAUCACAGAUAGUUUAUCAUCUUAUCAGUUUAUAUAUUUCAUGAAGCCUUUAAAAGGCUCCCUCAAUUUUAGACAGAUUUAAAUAUACAGGAAAUUGAAAGUUUUUAUUAUACUAUAUAUUUGUACACAACACAGAUUGAUAGUAAUUAACAUUUAUAUGUCGAUAUUUGUCAAAAGAAAACCUAUUGAUGUUGAUUUAGGAUAUAGCAUGCCAUUACAAAUGUUCAUGCAUAGAUGUUUGAACAUAAUAAAGUAUUUUAUAUCUUAUAAUUUACAGUUCUCUUCUUUUUUAAGUAAAAUAUGUAGACAAUUUGAGGAAGAUAUCUAUAUCUUUUAGGAAUCACACUAUGAAUUAAAUGAUGACUUGUUGAAAAAAAAACCCGUUAGUGAGUUCAUAAAUAGUUUUGUGUGUCAUUAACAAUAAUUAGUAAAGUUCUGAGUUUAUUACAAGACAACACUAAUGUAUUUAAUAUCAGCAGUUAUUCAAAUUAUUUAUCGGAUAAAAAAGGCGUUGUUUCAAAUGUUUUAUUUUCCAAAUUGCUUGAUAAAACCGAACCUAAUCAAAAAUCUACCAUCACUUGUUUUCCUUAUUUUUUAUUAUGUAAAAAAUUUUCUCCUUGAUUUGAAACGAGUUUUCCAAACUUUUGUUACUAGUUAUUCAGCAGGAAUUUUUUUUUAUAUUUUAAUUAUACUGAAUGGAAUUUUUUAUUUGAGUAUAUUCAGGAUCGUAGUCUGAGAACCCUGGUAUCGCCACAGUGAAACUUAUUUAGAUUGGAUACUUCAUCUUAAUUUGCAAUAAACCUCCUGCUUCACACGAAUGUAACCGACCUUUUAGUAUGACGUCGUACAAUUAAAAAUAGUUUCAAAACAAUAACAAACGUUGUAAAAUGCAGAUAAAAUAAUCAAACCUUCGAAUGUAUAAAAUGCCUGUGAUGCAAUGUAUCACUACGAUAACGUGCAUAUAGGAAGAGUAAUACAUAUUAAUUUGUGUUGCAUGUACAGCCCGAUAUAAAUAGCGUUAAGCAGGUGUUAUUACAAAACGGAAUAUAGCAACUGGAGUAUUCAGAGUUCGUUCACCAAAAGUCUAACUAUUUCACACAUGUUGUUACGUGUUUAUAUAAAACUGCUCAUACUUAAAUUUAGCCUUCAUCUUAUACACGUCAUAAUUAGCCUGAGAGGAAAGUUGUUUACAAGUUCGAAGAUUCACAAAAUGGUAUCUUUUCGACCGCAAUAUAUUAUAAUAGUCAUCUUGUCCUCAACCCUACUCUUUUGGAAUAUAAGCUUGUAAGUAUGUACAAGUUCAUCACUUGUUUUAUCUUGAACUUCAUGGCGAUUAGUAAUGAUAAUUACAUCGAAUUUAUGAUUGUAGAAUCUUUGCUUUUAAAAAGGAUUAGUGUGCGAGACUUUAGAAAUGGUGUUAUGUUUGAUAGAAAAUGCUGCUUAGAUUAGUAUUGAUCGUCGUAUUUCAUCUCCCAUUAAAAAGCUAGUGUGUGUUGCUAUUCAAUAAUAUCAAUUUUCUAACAUUUUUAGAACUUAAGAUAGUCAUAAUAGAUCGUAACGGUUUUGUUGUGGGGGUAAUGUAGUGCCUGCAGUAGAUUAAACGUCGGAGAGGAAUGCUAUAUGUAGUUUUAAAUGCGUAAUCUACACGAAUUUAUUUCAUCCGCAUAAUUUCUAAACAAAAUAGUGCAGUAAAAGUUGUGUAAAAUAUGACAGCUAUUUUAAAGAAAUUGUUGUUAUGGCAAAAUGCCGAAGUUAUUUAUCAUAUUUUCUUAAAUUUCUAGGAUUGCGUGGAAAGAAUUGCAUCCCUUGAACAUGUUUAUUGGCAAUCGCUGGAGCGUUUCUCACGAGCGAUUGGAAAUUCCUAAGAAAUGUGUCCCAAAGAAAAAUGUUUUUUUUCUAAAAAACCAUAAAUGUGGAUCUGACACGGUUCAGAACAUUUUGUUACGUUACGGAGAUAAUAAUAACUUAACAUUUUUAAUACCAAAGCAUGGCACUAGCUUUUGGAAUCCAGUUAACAAACCUUUUUCCAGAGAACGCGUCAAAAAGCUCCCGUGGACCAUUCUUGGCGAUUUUAAUAUCUUCUGUGUUCACGUUCGAUUUGAUGCCCAUGAACUGCAUGCAGUCAUGCCUCCUGACAGUGUCUACAUUGCAAUUGUUCGUGAACCUAUUAGUCAUUUUGAGUCCACGUACAAUUACUUUAGUUUAUACAAAAAGUACCAUGUGACCUUACGUGAUUUCAGCCUUAUGAACAAAACUCAACUGCUUCGCAAAAAAAUUGGUUUUCGUGAGCGGAACCCUCAGCUUUAUGAUUUUGGAAUUAAUGGAACCUACAUUCAAGACACUGGUUUCUUUCAGAGGGAAAUAAAGAAGCUUGAUAAAAUUUUUGAUUUCGUAAUGAUCACAGAACUAAUGGAAGAGUCUUUAGUACUACUGAAAAAUCUUAUGUGCUGGGAACUAAAAGAUGUCGCCACUUUCAGGAAAAAUGUCCGAAGUGAUACGUGGAGAGAAAAUGACCUCUCGUGGAAGGAGAGAGUUGGAAUUAAAACUUGGAAUUUCGGCGAUGAUUUGUUAUAUAAGUACUUUCGCAAUAAAUUUGAAAAGAAAUUGUCUGAAUUUGGGUUGGACAACAUGCAACGCGAAAUAAAACAACUUCGACAAAUCAACAAUCAGAUAUUUCUAGAAUGCGUGUCGAACAUGGAAGCGAGUUCAACGUUACCUAGACCGUUAAAACACGGAUCCGACAAAGUACUGGGAUAUCGUUUAAAACCAGGGAAAGAAAGGAACCUUAACUGCCUUCAGAUGGCAAGGGUUUCAACAAGUUACGUUGGGUACUUGAAAAAAAAACAGUAUCGGUGGGUUCGUGAAAAAUACAAAAUAAAUACUAACAGAACACUUUCUAAUAUUAAUUUGAAAUAAUUAUUUACGAAAAUCAACAGUUAUAUUAAGGUUGAAACAUGUACAAACAGUACAGAAAUAUUUAACAUUGAUGCAGUUUUUCUUAUAUUAGGUGUUAAAAAAUCUUUGAAUGAAUAUUAUGUUAACUUCUUUAGUACACAUGUUUAGGAUUUCAGAUGUUUAGAAGUAGAUUUCCAAACUGUUUGACUCUGCCUACGAAAAAGUAUGGAAAAUAAUAGUUAAAUAUAACACAGUUAAGCUACUUCUUCAAUGAAGUGUAUACUAAUGCCAGAUAAUCUCAUACUAAAAGGAUGGUUGGAUACAAUACAAAUAACUUUCACAAGAUGAAAGUAAAAAAAAAAGGACAUUGUACUUUGAAGGAGCUUUGCAAAGUAUAUUUGUAAACAAUAGAAACAUUGGUUUGGAAUUCAAUAUUUUCUACAUGCUGUUAUGAGGAAGUUACCUAUAGUAAGACCAAAACUUUUUUUGCCAUUCAGAUUACAUUUCUUAAUGUUUUUAUUCGUGAAGAUUAGAUACAUUUUUUAUGUAAGAAGAUUGUACAUACAUCAUCUAGCGGCUAAUGUUACUGUUUCCUAGAGGCUUUUACUGGGAAAGAGGGAUGUUAAGUUUUUAUUAUUGAAGAAAGCACAAUGAUCUCCCCCUACAGAGUCUGAGUGGGAAAUGGUACAUGAACAAUAUAUAUAUAUAUAUAGAAGCUCAGAUCACCAUCUUCUAUUAGUUAUUACUUGGAAAAUGUGUGUUAUUUGUUGAGGGAAGGUGGUACAUAAGCACUAUCUACCAGCUCAAAUCAUCACUUUCUAUAGGUUUUUACUGAGAAGAUGAGUAUUAGAUUUAUUAUGAUAGUAAUUAUUUAUAGUAAUUAGUGAUCUGAGCUGCUAGAUAUUAUGUUCAAUCUUCCUGCAUAAAAAUUAGUCUGAAAAAACAUAUGGUAGACAGUUUGUCUGAGUUACUGGACAGGGUGUAUAUGCUAGUUUCCUUCAUUAAAACAUGUAUGUAACUCUCUUCAGUAAAACAUAAUCUCCAUAACAGCAUAUGGAAAUUAUUAAUUUGAGUACGUAGGCCAGUAUUCAUUUGGACAAUUCAGUUAAAUCCCUACUCUGAAAUACCCAACACUUGUCACAGUACCAUUUAUUGACAGUUAUUUAUAUUACAAUUAAUUAUAGCCUUUCACAAUUUUAGUACCACCCCAUACAGAAAGAGCUGAAAGGACCUUUCCUGUGGGCAGGAAACAAGAAACACACAAUUUUUUUUAUGUGUAAAAUAAAGCAAAAUACACAAUAAAGCAGUUAAUUUAUUAAUAUAACAAAACAGAUAUACAACUCUCAAUCAAAUUAGGUUACCUGUAAUUUGAUACAAAUUUGACAAGUUUAUCUAAAACCCAUAUUUUUUUAAGGAAAUAUUUUUAAAACUAACACAUUUUUUGUCAGCUACAAACAUACAUAAUAAAAGAUACUUGAACAAAAAUGUACCACCUAACAGUAUAUAUAAUACAACUAUAUUUCUGUUACAAAAUACUAUGGAGACUACAUUUUUCUUAUCAUAAACAAGAAAUUUAUAUUUGAAAUAUUUGUGAAGUAACAUUAUUUGGUCCUGUUGAAAAACAACUUAAUAAAAGGCUACAAUAACUUUAGAUGUUUUUGUGAGUGAAAAGCAUUUUGGAAUGUAGAGUUAGUAACAAGUUAACUUUCACAUACUAUGUCUUGAGUAGGAACUGGAAUUAUAUGUACAGAAGCACCAAGCCUCCAGCUUUACUAAGUUUCUUAGCAAUAUCAAGGUUAUCAGAAAAAAAUAAGGUGAUUAAGAUCACACUAUAGACAUAUUUUAAAGCUUUGUAUUAUAAGUUUUAUCUUGUAUCUUCAAAAAUCUUUAAUCAGUCUGGAUAGACAUUUUCAAAUUUUUAAUACCUCAGAAUAUACAUGUUUUAUCUUAAGAAACAAUUUGAAAUAAACCAGAUGACAGUAUCUUUCAGACGCUCACCAAAAGUUUUAGACUUGUUAAACUACCAAAGACCUUUACUGUAGAAAAGCUGAAACUGAAUUAAAUGUAUACAUCAUCACGAUUAAGCUUCGUUGAUAAGACACAGAAAUGACCAACAUUUUUAAGCCUAAGAUAUAAAACAUAUUAUCAGUGUAUAUAUAAAUAUUUUCAUUAAAUAAAAAAGAAGACUUUGAAAAAAAAAACACAUAUGGAGGGUUUCAUAAAACUUAGUAGAAAAUCUAAGCAUAUAUCUGUAUAUUAAUGAUGUUCUAUGCCAUUAGUACACAUGUACAAAACUGUAUAUUUUGCAGAAGAAAAAGGUACUUAAGGAAGUUUGACUAUGAAAGCAUUUUUCAAUGUAACCCCUGCUGUUAAACUUACAGUAAAGAUAGAUUAUUUAAAGACCUACUGAAUUUGCACACUAUAAUUACGUCUUUCACUUUUUACUGAUUCACUUAACAGUAGUUUCAUAUUGAAUAACUAUAGUGAAUCUGCUAGGAAGCUUUGACCUUAAACAGUUAUGGAAAAGUUACAGUACAGCUCUGUGUAAACUACACAUUACUCUGUUUUUAUACAGCAACAGGACUGUAGAACCCUUAAAAAACUAUGCUAUGAAUCUUGGACUGGUUCACAGAAUAAUUACUUUCAAGAUAUUUUGUAAGUAACUGCUGGAAGUGCAAUGGAAUCUUUAAACAUCACUGGGUUUACACAUGUAUGAUUAUGACUAUAAAAUCCUGAUUUAAUGUUGUUUAGUUUCUUAUAUGUUUAAUAAAACAUUUACAGAAUUUCUACUAAGUAAUUAUAUAUGUAAUUACAUGUAGAAUAAAAAACAGUAAUGUAAUUCCUAAAUAAAAAUUACAGAAUAAAAGUUCACUAAAACAAACUCUACCUACAACUAUUCAUCUAAUUACUGUAGGAUUCAAUCAUUUAUAUCAGCAUAUGACAGCUUUGAAGAAUGUGUUAUAAUAAAAAAAAACUGGCUCACAAUAAUGGAAAUCAUCUACAAGAAAAUAAUCUUGACAUUUUUUGUUGAUAUAUGGAUUUUGAAAAUAAAAUUAAGGCUGGAAGGUAUAAAGCAACAAUUGUGUAAAUGAAGAUUCUCUUGACCCAAAAAACAAACCCUAUCCAUUUUUCAUAGCUAAUCUUUGAAAAUUAUUCAGCCCAUAUACACGUGGGCUACAUUUAAAAAAAGUUCUCUCAUCAAAAACUGCUACACACAAAUAUAUAUUUUAUACGUAUUGUAUACUUUAGUAUUAGUUACACAGGCUAAGUAAUAAUCUAUACAUUUCUGCACACAAUUAAUGUAAAACUAUUAAAAUUUAUUGAAACACACACACACACCAAAAAAACCUCCUAUAGUUACUUUUUAUCCCAAACAGAGAACUUUUUAGGGUCUUUUAAAAUAUUUUCAAUAAAUAUCUUGCAUUUACAUAGCUGGCUACACAAAUUCAAUGUUUUGCAGUCAUAUGAGAUUUGUAUAUAUGUCAGAAUAAAAAAAACGAAGCAAACAGAAACCAUACAAAAUAAUUAUUUGUAUUCUGCAAUUAGUACCUUACAUAAAAUACAUGUAUUUGUUAUAGGUAAUGAAAAAUCAAAUCUUAAAAAACAAGGUAUCUAAUGUAAAGGUUAAAGCUAAAUUUUACACCUGUCUAGGAAUUCCCACCUUGCUGUUCUGAAAAUGUUUUAAAUACAACAUAUUACAUUAUUUGCUGACAGAAACAGAAUGCACAGUACUUGUUAAAUGCAGUAUUAUCUACAGAAAAAAAUAAGGACCUAGUCUUUACGUACUUAUCAAAAUACAAAUAUAUUAUUAAACAAGAGUGUAAGCUUUCAAAACUCUUGUAUAUAAUUUUCAAGAAAUCUUAAACAGACUCCAUAUUUUAGGGCUUUUUCAUUUAUCACCAGAAAUAGAAAUAUUUUAAAGCUUUUAACUUUUGCAAAAGAAUGAUCUGUAAAAGAUCUUUGUUUUUUAAGAAAGUAAAAGACUUGGCAAAAAAAAAAUCUUAUUUACCUGAUAUAAAAUUGAACUAAUUUUAAUCUAUACAAAAAAUGAAAACUUAAACACCUUUGGUAGCCAUAUUUUUCAUCAAAUACAUUAGAAUAACCAUUAUUUACCACUAACAUAUAAAUAACAUUACUCAGUAUCACACAAUCAUAACGUUACCACAUCAUUAUAUCUUUGUAACAGACUAUAGGCAUAUUUUAAAUACAACAUACAUUUCAUUACUUUCAAUGUAGUUCUUUAUGACAUGGCUUUUUCCAAAGUUUAAUUCAGGUACCUUAAUAUAAUACAAACAAGAAAAUAUUAGCAUGAAAUUCAAUAAUCAUAAUGUUCAACUUUUUGAUUAUUAAACGUAGCUUUUUUCAACUGCUAUUUUUUUACACAGGUUUUUUAUAAGAAAAUUCUUUGAUACAAUGGAUUUUUAACUAUGAAAUAACAUUACAUGUAUGGAAAAAAAGGGACUUUCAGGAUUGAAGAUAUAUUAAAAUAAGAAAGUCGAAUCUUAGUUUCCAUUAGUAGCAACUUUUCCACUAUUAGAAAGCAAGACAUCAUAGUUUCUAGCUAUGUUCUAUAGGUUUUUUGUUUGAGUUACAUAAAAUUUGUAGUGGGCUUUCUAACUGUAAAAGUUUCUCACUAUUAGAAGUCAAGACAUCAUAGUCUCCUGCUAUGUUCUAUGUGCUUCUUAGUUCAGUUGCAUAAAAUUUGUAUUGGGUCUUCUAACUGUAAAACUAUGAUCACUCAUCUCAACAAAUCAACAUCAGCUAAAAUAAAGGUUCUAAAACUGUGGUCCAUGAACCCCCUUCAGGUGAUCAGUGGAAAGGAAAAGUCUCUGGACCCUGGAGCAAACCUGAGACCUUGAAAGUUCAGCUAUAUAAGCCAGAGGAAUAUGUAUAAAUUACAUGAAAAAGUCUGUAUAGCUUUUGAGUUCAAAUGGCAAAAGGUAUUCUUUACUUGAGAAUUUUGUGCAUUGUAAAAUAAUGACCUGCCAACUGGUUUCUCUCCAAAAGAAGAAAAGUGCUUGUUGAAGCUUUUUCGCAAUGGAACAUUACGUUCAGAUAUUAAAAGAAAUCCAAUAUUAUUUUUGGAUUCUGAGAACUGAAAAAUACCUGGAACUUGCAGAUAAAGAAGUUUGUUUUCUGAAGCCAUUUGUUUCUACAUACCAGUGCAAGAUGAAAUUUUCACCACUUAUGGCCUUGAAGUUUAAAUACAAAAGCAGAAUGAAUGCUGAACCUAACAUGAGGCAAAAGCUGACAAACAUUACACCUAACAUUAAAGAAUUUUGUUCACAAAAACAAGUGCACCCAUCAUAUUAAAAUGUAGAAAGGUAAGUCAGUGGUUAAUACUAUGAUUAUAGUGAUUUCUAUACUCUUAUUGCUUCAUUAAAUUAUACUUUUAUUAUGUGAUCUACCAAGCCCUCCCCACCACAAACAAAAAUUCAGGUGGUCCUCAGACAAAAACAUUUGGGAACACUGAUUUGAAACACGUAAGUAAUUACAUCUGAUAUAUAGUGAUUCAAAUAAAAAGUAAUUUCAUUUAUUAUUUAAAAAAAAA